UGGUAUGCACACACUGUACACACACACACACACACACACACACACACACCAGUUCAUUAGGCAACUUGCAGUGAGGCGCAUCGCUCCACUUGUUUGUUGAGGAGGCUCGUCUUCUGUUUGGAGCGUUCUGUCACGGCCAUGAUCAUAAGCAUUGCUCUGAUAUGGGCGGUGCUGGUGGGCUUCUGCUGCAUCCUCUGGCUGGCUGUGGGGACACGACGCAGGCAGCCGGGGGAGCCUGCGGUUGAAAACGGGCUCAUACCUUAUCUUGGUUGUGCUCUGCAAUUCGGGGCCAACCCUCUGCAGUUCCUCCGCAGCCGUCAGAAGAAGUAUGGCCCCAUUUUCACCUGCAAGAUCGCGGGCCAGUACAUUCACUUCCUGUGUGACCCCUUCUCCUACCACUCAGUCAUCAGACAGGGUAGACACCUGGACUGGAGGAAGUUCCACUUUGCCACAUCCGUAAAGGCAUUUGGCCAUGACAGCUUUGACCCCCGACAUGGCCACACCACAGAAAACCUCCACCAGACUUUUCUGAAGACUCUGCAAGGCGAAGCAUUACCUUCCCUGAUUGAGAGUAUGAUAGGACACCUCCAGGAUGUCAUGUUGAGGUCCAACACCCUCAGGCCCAGCAGGGACCACUGGGAGGUGGAUGGCAUUUUCGCUUUCUGCUACAAGGUGAUGUUUGAGUCUGGCUACCUGACUUUGUUUGGCAAAGACUUUGGUGAGGAUAAGUGCAAAGCCCGGGAAGCCGCUCAGAAAGCCUUGGUGCUCAAUGCCUUGGAGAAUUUCAAGGAGUUUGACAAGAUCUUCCCGGCUCUGGUGGCCGGCCUGCCUAUCCACGUCUUCAAGAGUGCCUACAGCGCCAGAGAGAACCUAGCAAAGACCAUGCACGCCGAAAACCUGUCCAAGCGGGAGAACGUUUCGGAUCUGAUCUCAAUGAGGAUGAUCCUGAAUGAUUCCUUAUCCACCUUCAACGACGUGAGCAAGGCCAGGACUCACGUGGCGCUGCUUUGGGCUUCACAGGCGAACACCUUGCCCGCAACCUUUUGGAGUCUUUUUUACAUGAUCAGAAGUCCAGACGCCAUGAAAGCGGCGCGGGAGGAGGUGCGAAAAGUGCUGAAGGGUUCCGAUCUGACCACCGACCCCGGCGGCCCCACGCUGAACCUGACCAGGGCCCAGCUGGACAACAUGCCCGUCAUGGACAGCAUCAUCAAGGAGGCCAUGCGUCUGUCCAGCGCCUCCAUGAACGUGCGCGUGGCCAAGGAGGACUUCCUGCUGCACCUGGACAACCAGGAAGCUUACCAUAUAAGGAAGGAUGACGUCAUCGCCCUCUACCCUCCCAUGCUGCACUACGACCCCGAGAUCUACGAAGACCCUUACGAGUACAAGUACGACCGCUUCCUGGACGACCAGGGUCAGGAGAAGACCACCUUCCAUCGCCAGGGCCGCCGCCUGCGCUACUUCUGCAUGCCUUUCGGCUCGGGCGUCACCAAAUGUCCCGGCAGGUUCUUCGCCGUCUACGAAAUCAAACAGUUCUUGACUCUGGUCUUGGCCUACUUUCAAAUGGAACUCCUCGACCCCGCCAUCAAAGUCCCGCCCUUGGACCAAUCGCGCGCCGGCCUGGGGAUCCUUCAGCCGACGUACGACGUGGACUUUAGGUACAGGUUGCAGUCCAACUAGCAGGAUUGUGGACCGUGUCAACAAACCUUAGUCACAUGAUCCGUGGUCUGUAAAUAGAUGUGUACUUUUACUGUAUAUUGUCGCUAAAGUACACCCGAGAGUAUUUUAUUAGUGAUUUUUAUUCUUCUUUUUGCAUUGCUGACUGGAUUUGAACGUGAACAAUCUACCUGUUUUCUCACUGAUAUGGUCUGUAACUUACCAGGAACCUUCCAACCCAUACGGUUCUCAACAAUACCAAUUAUUAAAAACCUUUUUUUU